AUGGUCGCGGUGCAGGGUAGAGACGGCCUCCAAGGCGGCUCAGUCAGGCCUCAAUUACCUCAGGGUUUCUCAAUAACAAGACCCCGAGAGGGCCCCCAGAACACCUCACCCAUGCAAGAGUGGAAGCAUGAGCUGGAAACCUACUUGUCCGAAAACUUCAGUACCCUGCAGCAGAUUCUCUCCGACACCACGGAUCGUGAUGAGGCUUUCCACAAAUCAUUCGAGUCAACCUUGACUAGCCUCGCAGAGCUCGUUGCGAAGUUGAACGACAAAGUAGAGAGCUUCUACAAGAUAAUGGAGUCUCAGGCGUUUCCUGCGCCCGAGGGCUUGGACGCGGACGGUGUGGAUCUAGGAGACAUGACCAAUCUUGUCAACUUUUAG